CCUAAAUUCCAUAUGUACCCAAUUGAUAUAAGAAAGCAAAGGAUCAGUUAACAUAUUGUUCCCUCCAUGAUUUGUUUAUUUUUCCGUCUUUGUUCAGACUAUCUGUUGUCGGUUGCCAGCUAAAGGGAUUGGAUUUGUUGUCACUAAUACACUUGGCAGAUAGGACCAAAUAUACUGAGUGGCUUUGCUCAUUGCUCCACCUUGACUCUUCAUGCAGCACCUUCUCUGCCACUUCUUGAAGGCCCCUCCUUGUCCAUGCGGCACAUGGCUUUGCACCCAACCAAACCUAACAUCAUUUUACAGUUUCAGGGACUGAAUUGGGGCUCAGUAAUAUAUAAUAGCCAACUUGCAUUGCCUUCCAAUCAGCACAACACCACCUUUCUAGAGUUCUAGCUGCAAAUCUCCCUUCUUUCUGAAAAUUCUUGCUUCAAUUAUUCUCCCUCCAACUUGAGACUAGGACAGCAUGAUCAGCCCAAAGAAACUCAUCAGAAUGGCAAGGAAGUGGCAGAAGGUAGCAGCCCUUGGAAGGAAGAGGAUUUUGUUACAAAGAAUCAACAGGGAAGUGGAUGCAGACAGCCGCAGCACGUCAACAGUGGCUGAUAAGGGCCAUUUUGUUGUUUACACCUCUGACAGAAAACGCUUUGUGAUUCCCUUGGCAUAUCUUGGCAGUGAAGUCUUCAGAGAGCUUUUCCAAAUGUCUGAAGAGGAGUUUGGGAUACAAAGUGCAGGCCCCAUCAUAUUGCCAUGCGAUUCAGUCUUCAUGGAUUAUGUGAUCUCAUUCAUCCAACAAGGAGUUGCAAAAGAUUUAGAGAGAGCUUUGAUCAUGUCUAUAGCUUCGAGUAACUGCUCAUCUUCUUCAUACUUCCAUCAAGAACAGAACAAUGAACCAUUACUAUUAUGUGCCUUCUGAAGAGAUCAUACUGAAAUUUUGUAAAUGAUCCACACAAGUUUAGUUUGAUAAUAUAUAUAGUGAGAAUUCGGAAGGCAUUUUCUUCAUGUGUUUCUUGUCUCCCUCUUAAAUUAUUGCGUAUUG